CAUCUCCAUGGAUAGAUUUUGCGUGCGCGUAGUUUUUUUCCAUGCAACGUUUCCCAACACUUACACCGUGUAUCGUAAGGUGAAAAGGACACAAGACAUAGACAUGCUCAUAAAAUUUACUCAAGUCUACAAGCUAAAGAAUAUCCUUGGUAACGACUCAACUCAUAGAAGAGAGAAACACAUCCAAGCAGGAGGUAUUACCCCUAGAUAGGGGCAUGGAACCGGGUUCAUUUUUUUAAUACAAUUUUAGUAAAAACGGUCGAGAAAUCAUCCAUUUAUGUAAAUUAUAUCUGAAUUUUAAUGGUCUUUGCAUGAAUUUCGUCUGGUUAAUUCAAAUAGUUGAUUAAAUGUAUGCGAGCAGUUUUGGAUGGCCGGCUCCUGCAUUAAUGUCCGUGACUGAUUCCUUCUGUCCGCGGAAGCAUAUUUAUGGGUGAGCGUUGGAGAUACCCUAAAUCCAUAAUGACAUAUGGAGAAAUAUGAGGAAAUUCUAAUGGCAUUUCCCGAAUACGCGAGAAUUGCAGUGGCGUCUAUCUGAUUAACCUUUUUUAUUUGUCCUUGUGACAGAGACAGAAGAAUGUGUGCUUGUAAUUAUCCACUUUCGAGGGUUCUCUUGGGAAAUUCUUUGGUUUACUCCAAAAUAGAAAAAGCUCGUGGGCAUUCGGAAUGAACCGGCCGUAAUCUAAAAAAAUAAAAUACCCGGCCGCCGGCCGCCUCCCCGGAGAAGCCUCCGCAGCUAGGGUUUACCGUCCCCGCUUCCGCCGUCCCGCGCCUUCUCCCUCUUCCAAAGUCGCCGGAGCACAUGGCCGGCACCGAAGGGUCGACGACGGAGGGGGCGGAGAAGGACCUGGAGUUCUCGCGCGGCGGCGAGGGGCCCAGCUUCGAGUUCGCGUUCAACUCGCAGAACUUCUCCGACAGGUUGCUGCGGAUAGAGGUCGUCGCCGGCGAAGACUUCGCCGGACGAUUCCUCCCUGACUCGGCGCGCCACUGCAAGGAGAAAGUUUUACGAGUAAAGACGAUUCAUAUCAACUCAGCGAUUCUUGCUGUGAGGAGUCCUUUCUUUCUCAAGCUUUUCUCGAAUGGCAUGAAAGAAUCUGAUCAGACACAUCCAACACUUAGGAUUGCUGAUUCAGAUGAAAAUGCCCUUAUGGAGCUUUUAAACUUUAUAUACAGUGGAAAACUCACCACAGCUGAGCCCUCUCUUCUGCUUGACAUCUUGAUGGCUGCGGACAAAUUUGAAGUCGUUUCUUGCAUGAGGCAUUGCUGUCAGUUGCUCACAAGUUUGCCUUGGACCACAGAAUCUGCACUGCUGUGCCUAGAUCACCCAUGCACCAUGUCAAUGGCAGCUGAAGUUCAACUUUUGAUAAGUGCAGCCAAGGAUUUCCUUGUCAAUAAAUACAAGGAUUACAAUAAUCUCCGGAAGGAAGUGACAAACAUUUCUCUUGCUGGGAUCAAAGCCAUACUUUCAAGUACUGACAUACAUGUGGAAUGUGAAGAUUACUUAUUCUUGCUCUUGCUCAAUUGGGCCCGUGUUCGAUACCCUGAUUUGGAGGAAAGACGUGAGAUCUUGAAUUCUCAUUUACUUCCACUCCUGCGCUUCAGCCAUAUGACCUAUAAGACACUUCAGGAGAUCUUAGCAUGCACUGCUAACGACAUAGACCAUGAGCAAGUGACUAAGUGUAUCAAUGGGGUGCUUCUGUGCAAAGCUUAUCCAGCACACAAACCAGGUGCUCUUGCAGCAUGUGCACCCUCCUGUCAGCAAUUUGCAGAGCGAGAUUACAAGUACAGACAUCUGAAAGUGGUUGCGUUUGAUCAACCCUGCCCGCAGGUUAUAGCUUACAUGGAUUUGAAGCAUGAGGAAUGCUCCCAACUCUUCCCGUCAGGAAAGAUAUUCUCACACCCGUUCCAUGUCGCAGGUCAGGGCUUCAUUCUUGGGGCAAGAUGUUGCAAGGCCGAUCAGGGGGAGUCUUACAGUUUUGGCCUCUUGUUAUAUAUCGAUUUGGAGCUGAAGGGCUCAACGUGUGUGACGGUGGAUUAUGAGUUUGCCGCAAGGACAAGGCCAUCGCGGCAGUUUGUAAGCAAGUUAAAUGGUAGACACACAUUUAGUGACAAGUUUCCAGUUGGAUCGAGGUAUCUCUUUUGGGUUCCAUGGCAGACCUUCAUGGCUGACGAUAGCAUCUUCAUCGACGGCGUGCUGCACCUGAGAGUUGAUCUGACGGUGGUGGAGCAGACGGAACUGCAAACGUGAUAUCUUCUUACUCAGCAAAGUUAGGUGUUUGUUAUGGCUUGCUUGUGAUCCUCGCCUGAUCCUGCGCGCCGGGAUGAUCUGGGAGGUCCCGCCAAAAAGAGGGCGAGAAGAUCAUGGCGCAGAUUGUUUAUGCAUUGGCCACUGCCUUCCAGAUGUGUUGCUUCUUGAUGGCCCUGUUCUUGUCACACCCAGGAUAUUGCUUGUUGGUACCUUCCGUUGUCUGGUGCGUUUUGCUCCUCUGUCCCUGACACCGACAGUUGUAGGGUAGCAGUAGCUGGGAGCGUUUUCGUAGUCUGUUUCCUGUUUCUGUUGGUUUUGAAGGAUGAGGUUUAACUAGCGCUUCCUAUCAAUAGAAAUAUGUAUAUAUGCGCUCUAAUUUUGGUUCUUUGCUUAGAGGUACUCUGUGCUUGUCUGUAUUAACAUGGAAAUAAAGCUUUUCCAUUGAGAAGAAA